ACGUGGUUCGGGUGUGGAAACAAGCAGCUGACUUUUUUGAGAAAUUUCUCGAUCUUUCUUUGCGGUUUCAAAUAGGGCGGAACCACAGCGAUGCAGGGGCAUAAAAGCCACCCCAGGUGGAUGGGACAACACCUCUCCGGUGAAAGUACUCCGAGAUCUGUUUGAAGUUGUUCCUCAACGCUAGAAAGCAUUCUCUGAACCCCGCUGUCUGACUUCUGGAGAAUAUCGACCUAAAAACACGCUCGAUGGUGAAGAUGGGGAGGGAUUAUUACAGUGUGCUGGGAAUACAGCAAGGCGCAUCCGACGAUGAGAUCAAGAAAGCGUAUCGCAAACAAGCGCUCAGGUACCACCCGGACAAAAACAAGUCACCCGGCGCCGAGGACAAGUUCAAGCAGAUCGCGGAGGCUUACGACGUUUUGAGCGACCAGAAGAAGAAAGACGUAUAUGACAGAUUUGGUGAAGAAGGACUGAAGGGAGGCAUCCCCGGUGGUGGAGGUGGUGGCGGGAAUUUCACCUACACUUUCCAAGGCGAUCCUCAUGCAAUGUUUACAGAGUUUUUCGGAGGACGGAACACUUUCGGACAGUUUUUCGGACGCAACGGUUGCAUGGAGGAGGAUAUGGAAACCGAUGACCCGUUUGCCAGUUUUGGCAUGGGCAGUUUCCCCCGCUCCUUUAACACGCGCAGUCACGGCGGGAGACUGGAGAAAAAACAGGACCCUCCGGUGACCCACGACCUGAGAGUCAGUCUAGAUGAAGUGUUCACUGGCUGCACCAAGAAGAUGAAGAUCUCACGCAAACGCCUGAACCCCGACGGAAGAACAACGCGCUCUGAAGACAAGAUUCUUUCAGUGGAGGUGAAGAAAGGCUGGAAGGAAGGAACCAAGAUUACUUUCCCCAGGGAAGGUGAUGAGACGCCAUCAAACAUCCCCGCAGACGUUGUGUUUGUGGUGAAAGAUAAACCGCAUCCCGUGUACAAACGAGACGGAUCAGUCGUUAUUUAUCCCGCAAAAAUUACACUCCGAGAGGCACUUUGUGGUUGCACCGUCAACGUCCCAACAUUGGAUGGUCGAAAAAUUAAGUUAACCACUCAGGAAAUUAUUCGUCCCGGGAUGAAGCGGCAUGUCACUGGGGAGGGUCUUCCUCUUCCGAAAUCCCCAGACCGCCGCGGGGACUUGGUUGUCAAAUACGAGGUCCUGUUUCCUGAAAGACUGAGUCAAAGUGCCAAAGACACUAUCGCAAAUGUUUUGCCAGCUUCUUGAGCUGUGUAUAUUAUAACGCUGGAGCCACUGCCAUUGGAGAUUUUGGUUUCAUAGCAUUUAAAGAUGAAUAUUUGAGCUCAGCCCAAUAAGGUGCCCAUUUGCUGCUGCAAAACAAAAUUCUGUAACAUACUGCCAUUGAGAGACUAUCUGAACCAAAACAUAGCUGGACUGGACUGGUUUAUCUAUCGGUGUCAUGUACAUGAACCCAUGUUUCCUUUGGGUUUAGUCCAGCACAAAGUCUCUAGCUGUGGCCUCUGGGCCAGUGUUUGGUUGUGCACUACACACAUCUAAGUUUACAAUGUUGUCUUGUUCCAAAGAUGGACAGUAGAGGAUGUUGUGUUGUGUGGGGAUACAUAUGGUUUCUUUUCUGACUUGAUACCUCAGGAAAGGCUUUCUGUGAAAGCAGCCUGUAAUUAUUCUUCCAUUACAGUUUAAUGGAGACGUUUAGUAAUGUCAUUCACAAUGUAGUGCUGGCCCAAAGUGAUUCCUGCUUGGAUCAUCCCUCAUCUAAGUGUGUAAAUCAGCACAUGCAAGAAAUCACAUAGACAGCAAAUUUACAGAAGAAAUGUGAUUUUUAUUUUUUUUUAUUAUUAUUAUAUAUA